AUGAUGACUUCGGUGGCCGAUCUUCGUGUCUCGACGCUCUUCGAUGUCAGCAAUCAUGUAGUUCUGGUUACAGGAGGCGCCACAGGGUUGGGCGAAAUGGCAGCUCAAGGAUUCAUUCAAAACGGAGCGAAGGUCUUUAUUGCCAGUCGUAAAGAGUCCGAACUGAAGAAAACGGCAGACCGGUUGAACUCCCUUGGACCAGGCAAAUGCGAGUACAUCGUGGCCGACUUGAAGGAUAAAGCUGGAUGUGACGGACUGGUGAGCGAGGUCAAGAAGCGUACUGACCGGUUGACCGUACUCCUCAACAACACGGGGGUUACUUGGGGGGCAUCCUACUACGACUUUCCAGAGGGUGGCUGGGACAAGUUGAUGGCAUUGAACGUCAAGUCGGUCUUUUACAUGACGGUCGGCCUGGAACCUUUAUUGCUAAAAGGAACCAGCGCCAAUAUGCCAUCACGGGUGAUCAACAUUGCUUCGAUGGCCGGUAUUAUGACCACAGACGUUACAACCACCGACGACGGGGGCCUUUCUGCUCCGGGUCAUGGAACGUAUAGUUACGGACCAUCGAAAGCGGCUUGCAUCCAUCUGACCAAGAUGCAAGCAUCGAAACUGGCACCGCAGAACAUCAUGGUGAAUUGUAUCUGCCCUGGCGUUUUCCCGUCACGGAUGACCAAUUUCGGAAUUGAAAAGUACAUCGACACACUCUUGGAGCGACAGCCUACGGGGCGUGUGGGCAAACCCUCCGACUUUGCAGGAUUGGUGAUAUUCCUGAGUAGCAUGGCGUCGGCGCACAUGACGGGCAAUGUCAUCGAGAUUGAUGGCGGCAGUGUGCUCACCGGAUGGAAGUCAAAGAAGAAGGGCAGCAAGAUCUGA